AUGGCGGACGAAGAGACCUUGCGGGCGAUGCUGCCGAUGGGCUUCGGCAAAGCGCCAGGCAUGGCAUCUCGCACUACGAAAAGUCACAAUAGGAGUGAAGCACAGACCACGGCACUCGCACAGGAGCAGGAGAAGGAGGACGCGUUUGCCGACGACGAUGAGUUUGAGGAUGAUGACGAUGACGACGACGACGAGGAGGCAAGGCCUGCGCCUUCUGCUGAAGCCGCCACAGCAGAGAAGGUAGGGGUAGGGCCUCCGGAAGUACCAAUUUCACCUGAGAAAGAGACUGCAGAGGAGGAAGAACAGGCUUGGGCGCAUCUGCGAGAGUAUGCGGGCCUACCUCUUAGCGCCUCCAUCCAACUCGUCGAACAUACCAAAGCCGUGACAGCGCUUAGUAUUGAUCGCUCUGGUGCACGUGUAGCAACAGGUUCGCACGACUACGAUGUGAAGUUGUGGGAUUUCGGCGGUAUGACGUCGGAUCUACGUCCGUUUACCUCGUUUGAAGCCGCGGAAAACUACCCCGUCGUAGAGUUGGCGUUUGCUCCCUUUACCAAGCACUUGCUGUGCCUUUGUGCCACGACGCAGCCGCGUCUGUAUGACUAUGAUGGCCAUGAGCUGUGUGUGUUUAACAAGGGCGACGUGUUUAUGCGUGAUAUGCGCCAUACGACAGGGCACAUUAGCGAUAUGACGUGUGGUGGGUGGAACCCGCAAGACGAUACUAUGUUCAUCACCGGUGGUAGUGAUAGCACUGUGCGAAUUUGGGAUGUCGGGCAGAAAACCAAGCAAAAGAGUGUGAUUGUCGUCCGCUCCAAGGACCGUGGAACGAAGACCAAAGUCACCGCUACGACGUACACGCCGGACGCCCGUUCGAUUGUCGCGGCAGGGCACGAUGGCGCAUUGUAUGUAUGGUCGACCAGUGGAAACUAUGCACGUCCCUCUGCCACGGUGCUACAGGCGCAUGCGCAUGGACAAAGUGCGACGUCCUUGGCCGUCGCCCCCGAUGGAUGGACGCUGUUAUCGCGAGGGGCGGAUGAUACCGUGAAAGUAUGGGAUCUACGCCAACUACGAACGCCGGUGGUCCAGCGGGAUGGCCUGCCAAAUGGUAGUGACAAGACAGAUGUGUUGCUGAGUCCGGAUGGUCAGCACAUUCUGACUGGCGUAGCAGCCGUGCCCGAGGGCUCGUCGAGCCUCCAUGACCCACACAGCCGAUGGGGUCAGCUCGCCGUGCUGGACGUUCAUACCCUUUCCACAACGUACAUGCACACCGUCAGUGAGUCGAGUGUCAUUCGCCUGGCAUGGCAUCCACGCAUCAACCAAGUGUUUGCCUCGACACGUGCUGGGGCUGUGCAUGUCUACUACGAUCGCCAUGCCUCGCAGCGUGGCGCGAUGCUGGCCUUGGCCAAGCGAGCGCGAUCGAGGGCGAACCCGUACACGGCGGAUCCGUCCGAGAUUGAUCCGUAUGCCGAUGUCCCGAUCAUGAUCCCUGAAGAGGAAGAAGACUGGAUUGAUCCUGUGCACAAGAAGCGGCAGUUCCCCAAGAACCCACGCAAUGUGCGUGUACCAGAACGACCGCUGGAAGGCCGUGGCAAGGGUGGUCGUAUUGGCCGCUCUGCGCUGCAGCCGCUGAUGGAGGAGUUAUGGGAAGGCGAUUUGCGGUCGGAGGAUCCACGAGAAGCCCUACUCAAGUACGCAGACAAGGCAGAAAAGGAUCCUCGAUUCACGUCGGUGUAUGCCAAGACACAGCCCAAGACGAUAUUUGCCGAGGACGACGAUCCUUCGGCUUCGUAG